GCGCGCAGUCAGGCGUUCUCCGCGGGCAGCCGGCGGCGGGGCCUUGCCUUAUAGCGCGGGGUCCUCGGCAGCCUGGGUGUCUACUGCCCCAGCUGCUGUCGUAGGCGAGGACGGCUGCUAGUGCGGCUGCUGUUGGUUCGCGGCGGCGGCGGCGGCGGCGGAGGAGGAGGAAGAGGGCGAGGCAACAGGGGAAGAAGGAGACAGGCGCGGCGGCGGCGGCUUCGCCCGGGGCCCGCGGCGGCGGUGAGGGGGGGGAAGAUGGCGGACGUGCUCAGCGUCCUGCGACAGUACAACAUCCAGAAGAAGGAGAUUGUGGUGAAGGGAGACGAAGUGAUCUUUGGCGAGUUCUCCUGGCCCAAGAAUGUGAAAACCAACUAUGUAGUUUGGGGGACUGGAAAAGAAGGCCAACCCAGAGAGUACUACACAUUGGAUUCUAUCUUGUUUCUACUUAAUAAUGUGCACCUUUCUCAUCCUGUUUAUGUCCGACGGGCAGCUACUGAAAAUAUACCUGUGGUUAGAAGACCUGACCGAAAAGAUCUACUUGGAUAUCUCAAUGGUGAAGCAUCAACAUCCGCAAGCAUAGACAGAAGUGCCCCUCUAGAAAUAGGUCUUCAGAGAUCUACCCAAGUAAAACGAGCUGCAGAUGAGGUUUUAGCAGAAGCAAAGAAACCACGCAUUGAGGAUGAAGAGUGUGUGCGCCUCGAUAAAGAGAGAUUGGCUGCUCGUUUGGAGGGUCACAAAGAAGGGAUUGUACAGACUGAACAGAUUAGGUCUUUGUCUGAAGCUAUGUCAGUGGAAAAAAUUGCUGCAAUCAAAGCCAAAAUUAUGGCUAAGAAAAGAUCUACUAUCAAGACUGACUUAGAUGAUGACAUAACUGCCCUUAAACAGAGAAGUUUCGUGGAUGCUGAGGUAGAUGUGACACGAGACAUUGUCAGCAGAGAGAGAGUAUGGAGGACACGAACAACUAUCUUACAGAGCACAGGAAAGAAUUUUUCCAAGAAUAUUUUUGCAAUUCUUCAGUCUGUGAAAGCUAGAGAAGAAGGGCGUGCGCCUGAGCAGCGACCGGCCCCAAAUGCAGCACCUGUGGAUCCCACAUUGCGUACCAAACAGCCUAUCCCAGCUGCCUACAAUCGAUACGACCAGGAAAGAUUCAAAGGAAAAGAAGAAACGGAAGGCUUCAAAAUCGACACUAUGGGCACCUAUCAUGGUAUGACACUGAAAUCUGUAACGGAAGGUGCAUCGGCCCGUAAGACUCAGACUCCUGCAGCACAGCCAGUACCAAGACCAGUUUCUCAAGCAAGACCUCCCCCAAAUCAGAAGAAAGGAUCUCGAACACCCAUUAUCAUAAUUCCUGCAGCUACCACCUCUUUAAUAACUAUGCUUAAUGCAAAGGACCUUCUACAGGACCUGAAAUUUGUUCCAUCAGAUGAAAAGAAGAAACAAGGCUGCCAACGAGAAAAUGAAACUUUAAUACAGAGAAGAAAAGAUCAGAUGCAACCAGGGGGCACUGCAAUUAGUGUCACAGUUCCUUAUAGAGUAGUAGACCAGCCCCUUAAACUUAUGCCUCAAGACUGGGAUCGGGUUGUAGCAGUUUUUGUGCAGGGUCCUGCAUGGCAGUUCAAAGGUUGGCCAUGGCUUUUGCCUGAUGGAUCACCAGUUGACAUAUUUGCUAAAAUUAAAGCCUUCCAUCUCAAAUAUGAUGAAGUUCGUCUAGAUCCAAACGUUCAGAAAUGGGAUGUAACAGUAUUAGAACUCAGCUAUCACAAACGUCAUUUGGAUAGACCAGUUUUCUUACGGUUCUGGGAAACAUUGGAUAGGUACAUGGUAAAGCAUAAAUCCCACUUGAGAUUCUGAAUUUUACUUGGUUUCUCUUUUUCUGGAGAUCUGGAUUAAGAAGCAUGGAUAUACCUUGACCUAAAGACUGAGACUCAAGCUUUAUGAAUUUAUCAAGAAUUUACGAAUGAAGAAGGUCACAGAUCGAUCUUUUUAUAAGACCUUAUUUGAUGCUUUAUGCUUCAAGGGGAUGAUGCUUGUCAUCCAUAUAAGCAAACUUUUUGGCUUACAACUAUUUUUUUAAUAUUAGCCUUCUAGACUGUAAUGGAAAUUGUAUAUUUUGAUAGAAGUUUUUUCCCCAUUGGUUAAAUUAGCAUUACUUAAAAUUUGUUUCUUUAGAAAAUAAAUACAGGUUAUAAAAUGUGUGUAUAUUUAGAGGUUAUAAGGCUCUCUAGGCCAUCUUGCUUCUGAUUUUUCAUUGCUCUAUAAUUCCUUUUACUGAAAAUACUGUGUUAUGAAUGGUAUUAAAUUUUAGUCUCUGAAACUUCGAAAACUAGCAAAGGGAUGUGACUAUUUUGAAUGAAUCAGAAUGUCAACUGUAUGUAUACUAUACCUAUACUUAUUCUUUAUUUAAAAAAGAAUAAUGAAAAAUCAAGAACAAUUCUUCAGCUGGUUGAACUGUUCAGCCUUUUCAAGACUUCUUCACUUUUAAAAUGAAUACAUUUAAUGAAUGUACAUUCUUCUCACUGACUUUGGUGAUUUUAAAACUUAGAAUGAUAUAUUUCUAUCUGUGCUAUCUUUCCACUUGGAAAAUCUCAAAACACAGAUUAAAAACCUGAUAGGCUAUAGUACUUUUUAUUUUGGAAGACAGAGUAUGUUUGGGGGAAGGAAAUGUAUUAGUUCUACUGCAAAGUAACUUUAACCUUCUUAUCUUUUCUCAUAAGUUCACCUUUGAUUCUUACAUUAUAUGUAUGACAUAGGAUUUUGAGUCUUCUAUUUCUAGGCAUGUUGAUCUUGGAGUUCUUAUCUUCCAUUAUCCCUAAAUAUUGAUAAACUCCCCCAGACACCAAAGAACACAUUUGCUUAAUUGUCUGAACAGAAACAAGAUAAAAACACUGGUAUUUUUAUGUGUGUGUUCAAUAUCGUAUAAAAUAUAAAACCUAUAUUUUAACUUAGUAAAAUAUUUUACUACUUCUCUACUUUAGAGUAUUGCAUCCAAGAUACAAAUGAAUGAGCAUUUUCCUUGAGUCUUGAUUUCAACGUUUAUUACCUAAAAUCAACUUGGAACCUCUACUCCCUUAAAGAGUUUUUGCCAUGAGAAUCCUUGCUGAUCAUUCAUCUAGUGUCAUUUUUUGCCUCCAUCCCCCCCCCCCCAGUGAUCUCUCUUAGUUGUGUGUGUGUGUGUGUGUGUAUGUAUAUAUAUAUAUGACAAAAUAUAUAUAUAUAUUUUUGGUAAACAUCUAGCUCCUUCUUAUGUUAUGCUGACAUUACCUAGCCUCAUUUUGAAAUGUAAUGCUAUCAUAUAAAUGAGAAGCACUUAUUAUUUAUUUUUAAAGUAGUCACCAAAGUCCAUACCAAUAGUAAAUAGAAAAAGUAUUUAUUCAUGUGGAAUAAAUGGUUCUUAAGAAAAGCAGUCAACAUUUUAAAUUAUUAGAUUGUAGAAUAUUUAUAAGGUUUGAACAGAUUCUACCCCCCUUCCUUCCUUUCUUUGCAUCCUCUCUUAAAAACAAAAGAGAACUCAAAUUUGUUCACUUUAGAAUUUCUCAGCAUAUAAACUGUUUUCAAAAUAAAUUAUGUAUUGUAUAAACUUUCUCCAUGAUAAAAUCGUCGAGGACUAGAAUCUGUGAUAUUUUAAUGUAAGAUUACUUAAGACUACUACAAGUGGACAAGAACUACCUUUCUAUAAAGAUUUUUAGUAUUUAUACUUAUGUCAUAUAUGAAAUUUACUUGAUACAGAGUGUGGUUAAAAUUGGGAACAUCUACUUUGAACAGGGUUUAUUUUUCUAUCUUGAAUUUGCCUUACGUAUAUUCAAAGGCUUCUGGAAAUACUAUAAAGGAACAUUAGGGAAAGUACAAAUAUGCUACGCUAUUAUGUAUUUUAAAAUCAGUCCCUUAGUAUGUGCUUAUUUUCUUUCUCUUUUUUUUUUUUCAGUAGUUCAGUACCUUAUUUAGGUCCAUGUAAUUGAUUUAAUAGCCAUUAAUUCCAAAAACAAUUUUCUUUUCAGCCAGUCAUUAUCUCCUGAUUCCUGAGUCCUACAGCAGCACCUAUAACUGUGCCUUGCACAUAGUAGGCAUUCAGUAAAUAAUUUAUAUGCAUGAAUUAAUGAUCUUUUCCAUGUGACUGAUUUAUUACAAAAAGUACUUUGACUAGAUGUUGGAAUUUGAAAGUAUGGAAUUACAGGGAAUGAAGAGAUACACACAGAUAUUUUCAUGGAAAUGAGGUAUGCAUUAGUAAACCUGACUUAUCCAUAAGUUACUGUUAACUGGAGACACCCUUGUCCCCCUGGUAAAAGAAAAAUUUCAUUUCUUUAUUCGUAGGAUCCUCUUCUGAGUCAGAUAACAUUAAGAAGCUUCUAGGUUUCAGUCAGUAACUCUCAACCCUGACAACACAUUAGAAUCAUUUGGGGGACUAUUUAAAUACACUAUUGCCUGAUUCCUGAUUCUGAUUUAAUUUGGGCUGAGACCUGAUCAUCAGUAUUUUUAAGAAGUUCUCAAGGUAAUUUCAUGUUCAGAAAGGAUUGAGAAUCACUGAUUUAAUUUGUUACUGAAAACAAUACCAGUAUUAAAAUGUGUUUCCUCCUCACCUCUCCUCUCUUUUUUUUUUUUUCUUUCCUGCUUUUUUUUUCUUUUGAUGACCAACCUUUACACUAGACCAUCCCCCUUAUUGGGUAUUGGCCUAUAGUUCCACAUGACAAAUUCAAGUCUUAUUUAUUUAAUAUAGGAGUAUUUUGCUGUUUAAUAUUUAAACAAUGUUUAAUAUAUUUCAUUAUAAACUAGUAUUACAGUUUAUGAUUUGUUUCCCAUGUGUCCAUAUCUUUUACUAACUUUUAUUUUAAUAUCAGCAUGACAGCAAUCCAUACAGAAAUAACUAGUUCAUAAUGAGGAAAAUUUCAUAAUUAAUUUUUAAGGUAGAAGACAGUAAAGUAUUAAUUUCUUAUCUGCCAUGCAGAAUUAGAGUUUGCUUAUGAAAGGAAAGAGGCAUACUUUUUAUUUGGUCUGCACAGAAAAGUAAAAGUAAAUUAUUCAUUUAAAUAAAAUUCAUUAUCAAACAUUGAAGGAAAUAUUUUUCCUAAAUAAAAAUUUUUGUGACUCCUAACAAAGUUAAAGCGAUAUAUAUUCUUUUUUGGAGGGUGGGGAGGGGGUAUUUAGUUGGCAUAUUUCUUACUGUAUAACAAUUCCAUUUUAUGAUAAUAACAAUAGAAAUGAUGAUACAAUAUACAUAUGUGGCCAAAAUAAAGUGCCACUUUGUCAGAUAAUGAUUAUCUGAGUCUUAGUUGUUGAACUAAUUAGUUUAUGAAGCUUUUGAGACCAACAGUGCAUUUUAUAAAUAUUAGAAAAGCUGAUAAAAAUUAAAACGUGAAAAAUAAAUUUAAUUACAUGAGCCUUAAUAUUACUUGACUGAAUUUUUAUUCACUUGGAUUUGAUAUGCAAUUGGCUACCCUAACCAAAGUAAAUUAACUUUAUAAAAGGACAAAUGACUGAAUUUGACUUAAAUUAGAAUUGGAUUAGGAAUUUGAACUGCUGUGUCCUAUAUAUUCUGGCUUGUCCAUUGCCACAUUUGGCUGUAUAGUGGUGCCAUCAUGGUUUCUAUAUUAAAUAUGUUGGAAUAAUUAGGGAAAAAUUGAAAAUGUAUAAUAGGUGUAUAAAGAAUUAUAUUUAGUAAAUGCAUAAUAGGCAAUAAUACAUUCAGGUCAUUGAUCUGUUUGGGCUUAUAUGUAUUAUUUUAGGUAGUGUUUAUUAGAGUAUCUUGGGAGUUAUAAGUGUAUGCCAUUUAAAUGAGUAAAGCUAAUGAAAUUUUAUUGCCAAAAUUCAAAAAGUGGGGUGAUAGUAUGUCACAUUUAAGUGAAUGAUGUACUGAGAAUUUUGUUUGCUACUGAAUUCCCUUUCUAUCCAGUUUAAGUUUACUAAAAUUUACUUAACCUCCAAGUGUGAUUAUAGUGGUUUAUAUAUAAUGUAGUUCAUUUACAUGGUGUAGGCAUUAUAAAUGAUUGUUUACCCACCAAUUUGUAUUAUUUCUCAAGCAAAGUGUUUCUUGAAUGGAGCUUAAAUUUGGGCCAUGUGACCUGAUAAAAUGUUCUAGUCAUUCUUACGCCAUUUCAGUGAAUUUUUAAAUUUCAAGUUUAAUUGUAAAUAAAACAGUUUGUAAGACUUUACUUCAACAGUCUUGGGGACGUUCCCACUUCCAGUUCUACUCGGCUUUUUGUCCCUCCAACCAAAAAAUCACAUCCAACCAAGAACACAGAAACUGUGUUUUGGGGUAGGAUAUGGAUGAUGACCAUCUUUCCAUAAAAGGAUUAUGAGAUUUUUUCAGGCGUAGUAUUUCUCUGUUUUGAAAAUAAAUGCAGUGUGAGUUUUCACUUUGAAAACUAAUAGUUAAGUACAUUUAUAGUUUUCUGUUAAUGAGUUAAAUAAUGUAGAGAAUCAUAGUUCUUCCUAAAAGUAACAAGCCACAUGCUCUGUUAAACUUGGUUUGCUUAUAGUCCAAUUUACUAUGUCCUUUAUUGUUUUAAUAGAAUUAAGAAUGUAUCUGGUAAAUUACAUCGUUUUUACAGUUUGAGUACCCUGAUUUUAACAUUUUAUAGUUUGAAAACAAACUGUACUCCGCAUAUAAUCAGAUCAUUAACAGCAUCAUCAUAUUCGUUGUGCCAGUGAUAACGUGUGACUCUUUUGCAACAAAAUUUCUUUAAUGAAGAGUUUAAUGGACCCUAUUCAAACUUAAUUUCCAUUCAGUUCGUAAGUGCCCACUUAAUAUGUGUUUUAUCUUGCUCUUCUAUUCAUUUGAUCAUCUGCUCUUAGGCAAAUGAGCAGUCACAUAACUAAAAUAGAUAUAGCAUGAGUUGUAAAUGCUGUUGGACUUUUUUAAGGCUCAAAGGUGCUAGUAUAUAUAUAUAUAACAGCACAUUGCCAAAUAAGCUUGUUUCUCCUCAUUUUCUAAAACACUUCCCAUUUUUAUUUAAUCAUGUAAUCAUCAGGUAUUUAUGGUAGCUUGGAAGACUUCCUCUUAAUUUUCUUCAGUGACCAUAAAAAAACAUAAAAGUAGCUCUAGAGAAGCCUGUGUUGAGUCUGUCAUAAUUAUUUGUAGAUACUUUAUCACAGAAUUAUAGUUUAUAAUUCAUCAUCCAAAGAAUGUUGAUUUAUAUUACAUAACUAAUGUAAAUAGGAAUCAGUAUAAGAAAGAAGAAAUUAGAGAUUCGAUUAAUCACACUUGAAUAUUUUUUUGGACUGUACUUCAUUUACCAAAAAUCUCCAAAUGGAAACACAUUGGGUGGUUAUACAACAUUCACUGUGAUAAAAUGUGGUAAUUUACACUCACAGAAGAACUACAUUCAUGGAGUUUACCAUAUUAAAAAUGUAAAUAUGGUAAUGGCAUCAAUUUCUCUUUAAAAUUAUUAAAUAAUAUACAUAUGUUUUUCUUUAAAAUGGAAUAGUUUGAAAUUUUAUCAGGUUGGUGUGUGUAAUGGUUGGGGGGAAUCAAAUGAGCUUGCUCAUGGCUUAUUCAAUUAUUUUACCCAGUUGGGCAUCACUAAAGUUUAUGGUCAUUUUGACUGUAAGACAGUUUUAAAGUAUUAUAUUCUCACUUGUGUGUUUAUUUCAUAAUACACCACUGAGUACAAAAAAGGAGGUGUAAGGGUUACUGAUGGUGAAAUAAACUGGGGGGCAUUAAUGGUAGUUGAUGUAGGAAUUGGAGGAGAAAGAAAAAUUAUAUGGGAACUCUAACUCAUUGGGAAAAAAGGUAGUAGGAUUUAGGCAGUGAUGUAUCUUUUGGGGGUUUAGACAUAAACGUAAGUGAAACUAGACCAACCUGUGGUAUGAUUUUUCUCCAGCAGCAUGUAAUGGCUUGAUUGCAGGUGUAGAAAAAGCAAAUAGAUUUUCAGCUGUUGAUGGAAGUAGAAGCAGGCCAGGGAGGUGAAGUUAAGUAACAAGUGAUUAUAGUACCAGAACAUGGAAUCUCAGCUCUUCAAGGAAUAAACAAUGUAAAGGAGUUCAUGGAUUGUAUGAAAGUGGGGCUGACUCAUGAACCGAAAACUUCAGUGAAAUGAAGCUAAAAGUAAGCCUGAAAGAGAAAAGAGGAUGGGAAUAUGAGAUCAAGAGUUCAGAGGUGAUAUGAUAUUCAUAAGGAAAAGUCAAGACCUUGGAAGUGACUGAGAUAGGAGAAGAGCUUUUUGGAGUCAGAGAUAUGAGACCACAGUUACUCAUGUGAAUGUUGAAAUAACAGAACAAGAAUAGGGGUGACAGGGAAGAUAGCCACAGGCUGGUGACAGAUCAAUGGCAACAAGAACAUUGUAACUGAAUAGCAUGAGCUUUAAAGGAUCCAUGCUCAAAAUCUGGCUUUGUAACAAGAGAUCAGCGAAUGUACAUUUAGAUAUUUUUAGAAUUUUUUAAAAGGUAUAGAUCAUUUCAUUGCCUCUCUCUAACUUUGAUUUUUAAUUGUGUGCUUGUUCCAUUAGCACAGAUUAUGAGGGCUUUUAUUGAACUAAGUGUAAAUCUUGACAGCCUUUCUACCUUCUCUGAGUCCAGUUGGCUGCCACAUCAGGCUAGAUCUUAUAUUGUCUCUUCUGUGGUGCAGUGAUAAUUGGAAGUGGAUAAUUAUCAAUUCUUUGUUGGAAGACCUGAGCACCACUCUGUUCUGAGGUUUCAUAACGUGCCCAAACUGAGGUCACUCCUAGUUGUAUAUACAUCUCAUUUCUGAGGGAGAACACCAUGAAUGGUUCCCGAAGUGGCUCCAGGGCGCUGAAAAAAAGGAAUACCUGAAAGUAUUAGAGGUUGGAAAGGGUUUUUCAUUGACUUUUCUUUGGGCAUCUUCUUACUUCCUCAAGUUUGUUUUGUUCUAGAUUUUGGAUGAGAAUUCUUGGAAUGUUGUCAGCUUUCUUUUCUUAGUGAGGUAGGUUAGAUGUUACUUUGAGCCUAAUUUAAACCUUACCUGAAUCUGUUCCUUUCUUUUCCUUAUCAACAUGAGAUGGUGUGUAUCUUUUCUUCUUUGGUGGCUGAUGGUUUUCGGUUUUUCCUUUUUUUCUCUCUCCUACCAAUUUUUUAGUUGUUAAAGUGUGGUGGAGCUAUGCUCUCACUUCAUUGUCUUCACCCAGAAGUGACCUUACUAUUCUUGAUGGAGGAAAAAAGCCAUGGAAUUCUCAGUACUAUAUCUCAGAAACAUGCAUUUAAUAAUCUUUCCUCCUAUUACAAUUUUUUAUAUGUCCUGUCACCCAUCAAGGACUUGUCUGUUCCUACGUGUUCUCCUACAUCUCCCUCCACUGUCAUGAGUUUUGCCCUAUUACCAUUCCCUCUCUAGCUUGUGUCUUCAUCCUGUCCCCACCCUGUAUUUACCCCUUCCACCCACAUUUAAACUGGGUUGCACCUUUCAUCUUAAACAGAGUUCUAGGGGGAUGGCUUGAAUAUGCGCACGUCUCAAAGAUUCAUGGAGUUAGAGGAAAACCGUGCAGUCCACAUAUGUGGUACUAGGAAGACUAGCUUCAGAGGACCCGCUAGGCUACUGCAUGGCGGGCUCUCAGUUCCUGUUUGUGUGGGCCCUGGCAGCUUCCCCAUUAACACAUCCUCAGUACACAGAAGCAGAAGUAUUUGGCUUGCUUGUAUUGCUCAUGGGUUUAUUGCCACUCAGAUGUCCCACAGUUGGACUUAUACCAAAGGGUGAAUGAGUAGACAAAGGAAAAUAGUCCAGAGAAGCCUAAAGAAAAAUAGAAUUAGAAAACAUUCAGAAGGGAGUGGUGUUGAAAACGAAUUGCUGGUGAAGAUGGAUGACAACUUUGAUUUUGAAAAAGCACAUGAGGACCUUCACAGUGUGAAGUAAGCUUUCUAUAAAUUAAAAGCCCAACACAUUAAAAUGUAGUAAAAGCAGCAAAUGGCCACUCUUGAGGACCAAAUUAGUGGCCUCGAAUUUGUGCAGUAGUAAUUCUCUAUAGAAAAUCAAAACCCAAAGACCUGAAGAUUGUAGUAAAAAGGAGAACAACUUAAAAGCUUAGGCUUUUUAAUGUGAAUAAGUGAAGAACCAUAAGGAAGAAAAAAAGGAAACAGACUUAUGAAAAUAAUUUGUAAAUAGUAGAGGAACAUUUCACUGGUUUUAAAGUGUUCUUGCUAUAUAGGUUCCAUGUAACAUCAAGGGAAAUAAAAGACACUAGGCAGACAUUUUAUUCAAAUAUUUAUUGUCUACUUCAUGGCAGUGAUAAGCACUUAGUCAUGGGAAUUUAGAGUGAACAAAGCAUUGAGCCAUGCCAUCAUUGAGUAGGAAGAGGUAGACAAUAAAAUGAAUAAAUAUGUCAGAUUUGAGUAAGUGAUUAAAAAAAAAGUGAUUAACAGUGUUGGGAUAAGGUAGAGGCAAGAUAGACUAUUUUAUAUUGGUGGUCAGAGACCAUUACGGUGACAUUUGAGUGGAAAUGAGGGAACCAACCUCAUAAAUACCUGGGGAGAUAGUACUCCAGAGAGUGAACAGGAAGUUUAAAAACCCUAAGGUAAUAUCAUAGCUGUGACUCCAAGACUGGCAAGGAGGCCCCUUGGGUAGGGCUGAGGGAGCAAGAACAGUAAGACGUGAGUGCAGAGUGGCAGCAGGAAACAAAAUUUAACGUGGGGCUUUGUAGACUAUUGUAAAGCCCUUGGCUUUUUAUUCAUUGGUACAUACGGGAAGCAGUUGGAGAGUUUUUGGGCAAAGGAGUGACCUCAUGUGACCCUGGUUUCAAGAGUCAUAAUGCUGUUGGAAAAUAGACUAUUUUAGGAGUAAAGGCAGAAGCUGGGAGGCCAGCUCAUUAGAUACUUCAGUAAUUUAGGUAAGAAAUCACUAGGGGUUGGACCAAUGUUACUGGUGGAGGAGUGAUAAAUAGAUUCUGGAAAUAUUUUGAGAGUACACAGAUGGGGUGUGGUGUGUGAUAGUAGAGUCAACAAUCAGGUCAUUUGUUUUUUGGCUUUUGCCUAAUACCUGGAGGGAUGGGAUUUCUGCUUAGUGUACUAGGAAGGAAUUGUAUAAGGGUCCGAUUUGGGAAUGGUAGCAGCAGAGGGAAUUGGGAGUUUGGGGGAAUGUUGAGAUUGAGAUGCUUAUUAGACAUGCAGGAGGAGAUACUCAGAUUAUUUCAGGGUAAAGAGAGGAAUUUAUAAAGGAAAAAGAAAAACCUCCAAGCUUUAGAGAAUGACUACAACUAAAUCUGUUUCUCAGGUGAGACCAUUUAUCUUGAGGCUAUGCAAGGAUCCAAAGAAUGUAUCUCCCAAGUACCCUCAGUUGAAGAAAAUGCACAUUAGAACUUUGAAGAACUUCAAAUAAAGACGUGUUGUGUGGUAGAGUGACUGGAAAUUUGUAAUGUUAAGUGAUAAGUAAGUACUCUUCAAGUGGGAGAGACCUACUACUGGAAAAUCUCACAUCAUUAACCUCAAGUACUAAGUUAUCUCAGCAAAACCAGAAGUGAGGCCUGAGCAAGAAAUAAAGAGAGAAAGCAUUCUAAAUUUCUCAUCCCUGGUGAGAAAAAUGAUUUUAUGGAAGAUGAACAGCACUUGUUCUUGCAACUAAUCAGAAGUUCUAAAUUUUUGACAAAUAACUUUUUUUUUUUUAAGAUUUAUUUAUUUAUUCAACACGGAGAACACACAAGCAGGGGGGAAUGGCAGGCAGGGGAUGAGGGAGUAGCAGGCUUCCCACCAAGCAAGGAGCUUAAUGCUGGGCUCAAUCCCAGGACCCUGGGACUAUGACCUGAGCUGAAAGCGUAGACGCUCAAUGGACUGAGCCAUCUAGGUGCCCAGACAAAUAACUUUCUAAAACCCUCUAAAGCACUUUGGGAUACUUAAAAAAAAAAUUGCAUUAAGAUUUGGAGAUUUUUAAAUAGGUCAGGAAAUUAUUUCCAAGUUGUUGUGAGGAUGUGGACACUUUGAUAGAUAUUAUAUUUUCAGCUGCAAAAGCACAAAGAAUUUUUCCGAUAACCAUUUUUAAAAUGUUCUUUCCGUAGCACAAUUUUUUCCUAGCAGUAAUUACUUUUUCUUCAUUCACAGACUUCUGAUCAUCUGACUUCAUAGUAAUUUCUAACCUUGUUAUUUGGCAAAGAGCUAAUUUAGGUUUAAGAGAAAGGUCAACUCUGUCAUUUUCUUGUUCCCACUUGGUUCCAUUAUUAUUGUUAUCUUUAAGGUGUUUUGUUUGUUAUUGUCUUGUUUUUCAUAGAGAUCUCUUUAUGCCACUUUUCUAUUUUGUAAAGUAUAAAGUGAUGUCUGUCACACUAUGCUGGAUGAGGGAAUGAGAAUUUCACUCUCAGGUCUUCCCUCAAUUCACCUUGUACUGUAUACAGAUCAAGUGAAGGCAUCUGUGUCAAUUCAUAUAUUAACUAUUAAUAAAGCUUAAUUUAACUGCAAA